GGUCACACUGAUGGGAUUUGCUCGCGAAAUAAAAACGCGUUGAUAAGAAUAAAAGAAUUCCUGAAGAUUUUUCAAAGGCAUGAGACCGCCGCAACCCAAAAAUCUCAUCAGCAAUCACAUAUUUCUGACCCACAACAGCGACUACGUUCGCAGCGUAGGGAAGCUAUGCGAACGCGCCACACUCCAUGACAAGCGAGUGCUGCUCAUCACAAGUCGCCUGUACGAUCUGUCGAAGGGUCACGAUGGCUGGGAUGGCCGUCAGUCCGUCGUCAAGGGUCGCAUUUCUGUCUGCAAGCUGAUUGACAUCGAGAGUACGCCGCAACAGCUGCUGGACCUGCAUGAUGGCUACGAGCCAUCGCACGAUCUGCCAGAUCUCAUUGUCUUUGACUUGCACUCCAUCAUUUCGGAGCUGCUGAAGCGACCCGUGCUGCAGCAGUGCUCCACCGACAAGCUGGUGCGCCACAUUGCCAAAUGUUCGGCCGCCUUUGCCAAUUACCGCGAGCUGGUCUGCAAUGAGCGGCUCGGUGGCAAGCCGGUGGAUGGCAAUGGAGCCAACGGGGUGGACACCAUUGUGAUAAUGUCACAGGAAUCCUAUCCCAUGACACCGGCACAGUUUAAGCUGCUGAUGGGCCUCUAUUACUGUGGCAACGAAUGCUACACCAACUUCUCCCAGCUCUCGGCUCAGAUCUCGCUAUCCCAAGGCUUAAGCGUUUAAGCGCGCAUAGAAUGAACACUAAAUGUGCCUUAGCUAGUUCCUUAUACAUGCAACAACAACGAAAAACACUCGCACAUAUCCCUCAGCAGAUGGCAGAGAAUACCACAAGGACAUUCGAAAUACUCGUAGAUAUUUACCAAGAAAAAACCAAGAAAAUUUACAAACAUACAUGGCAUCCAUGCAAACUGAUUAUACAA